AUGCUGACCCCAAUGGUGGCUGGGGGGGUGGUGUUCCCCGGACUCUUCCUCCUCUCCAAGAACACGCUCCAGCGGCUGCCCCAGCUGCGCUGGGAGGAGGCCGACGCGGUCAUUGUCUCAGCCAGGCUAGUGUCCUCUGUCCAAGCCAUCAUGGCCUCCACAGCGGGCUACAUCGUUUCCACCUCCUGCAAGCACAUCAUUGACGAUCAACACUGGCUCUCCUCUGCCUACACGCAGUUUGCAGUGCCCUACUUCAUCUAUGACAUUUACGCCAUGUUCCUCUGUCACUGGCACAAGCACCAGGUCAAAGGGCACGGAGGGGAUGAUGGGGCCGCCAGAACCCAGGGCAGCACGUGGGCUGUGGCGCGCGGCUACCUGCACAAGGAGUUCCUCAUGGUGCUCCACCAUGCUGUCAUGGUGCUGGUGUGUUUCCCGCUCUCGGUGGUGUGGCGACAGGGCAAAGGGGAUUUCUUUCUGGGCUGCAUGUUGAUGGCAGAGGUCAGCACCCCCUUCGUCUGCCUUGGCAAGAUCCUCAUCCAGUACAAGCGGCAGCACACACUGCUGCACAAGGUGAAUGGGGCCCUGAUGCUGCUCAGCUUCCUGUGCUGCCGGGUGCUGCUCUUCCCCUACCUGUACUGGGCCUAUGGGCAGCACGCGGGCCUGCCACUGCUCGCCGUGCCCCUGGCCAUCCCGGCCCACGUCAACCUGGGCGCCGCGCUGCUGCUCGCCCCACAGCUCUACUGGUUCUUCCUCAUCUGCCGCGGGGCCUGCCGCCUCUUCCGGCCCCGGGGCUCCUCACCGCCCUCACCCUGUCAGACCCAGGACUGAGGGCGGGGCCCGGGACCCUCCCCAUCCCCACCCCGCAGGGACCUGUCCCUGGGACUGAUGGGGCAGUUGGAAGCCAGAAGCCUCUUGCCUGGACAGCCCCAGGACUGACAGAUGGACUCAGAAGGGGGAGGGGGCACCUUCCCUCGGGCUGAGGAUGGGGACCAGGUGACAG